UAUAUGUAUGUAGGUAUAUAAAAUCUUGUAUUUAUUUUUAUUGGGAAAAAUAUUCGGUUUUUUAGGAUAUACACAUUUUCAUUGUCUUAUAUAACCAGCAUAGUGACAAUAAGCACUUGUGUUAUCGAUAGAAGCUACCGCUUUGAACAUCCGUAGUUAAAUACAUCACGUGACAGCCAGGAUGAUUUUCAUUGAGAUGUCACCACCAAGAAGAAAUAUACGAGCAUAUACGAGCGCGUGCGCGACAACCUUGCCGAAUGGAUGACCCAUAAUUUUCCAUAGCUUUUACUUACAAUCUCGAGUAACUUCGUAAUCGCGAAAUUGUGAAUGAAAAUGAAUUUGCGCUAAGAAAUAUAUUAAGCGCUUGCUGACGUGAUACGCGAUAACGUGGUUGACACGCCGAGUAUGUUGUAAACAUCGAAGGUUCCCUCCGAUAGCGUAGAGGCGAACGUCGAGAAGAAGAUUUCGGAGUAAAUUAUCUCGGAUGAUAGUGUAUUACAUCAUUAUUCGCAAAGAAUUUUGGGCGUAAAUGCUCAUAACACAUCGAUGAGAUAUGCGGCAUCAAGUUAGACCAAAUCCUCUGCGAAUCUCCCUACUUGAUCCAUCUGUCGCUACAAGCUACACUAUCUGCUCACAUUCGAGAGAUGUCUGCGGUAGAGGCAACGCCGUUCAUCCGCACCAUCGAGUGGGACAUGAUGGACAAAACCAAAUUCUUUCCGCUCAGCAUGCUGUCCUCGUUCUCGGUCAGGUGCUGCCUGUAUCCCCUGACGGUGAUCAAGACUCGCCUCCAAGUGCAAAGACAAAAUCACAUGUACAACGGUAUGAUAGAUGCGUGUAGAAAAAUUUACAAAGUAGAAGGCGUCCCAGGCCUUUAUCGAGGCUUCUGGAUAAGCUCUAUUCAAAUCGUUUCUGGGGUAUUUUACGUGUCGACCUAUGAGGGAGUACGGCACUUGCUCAGGCAAGACACACCCCUCGGAAACGUUGACUCGAAGGUCAAAGCGUUGAUCGCUGGGGGUGCUGCCAGUUUAGUCGGGCAAACGAUAGUCGUUCCCUUCGACGUUCUCAGUCAACAUCUAAUGGUUCUCGGGAUAAAUAAUACCAAGCACGGCAAGGUGUACGUAGAUAAGAUGGGAAUGAAUCCCUUAGGUGUGACCCUCGAAUCCGGAAAGACUCGAGCGCAAAUCUCCGCGGAAGUAAUAAAAUUGAUUUAUCAGAGGGAUGGUUAUAGCGGCUUCUACCGAGGGUACGUGGCGUCCUUGUGCGCGUAUGUACCUAACAGCGCUCUUUGGUGGGGAUUGUAUACAGUUUAUCAAGACGAGCUUAUAAGGAUACUUCCGACAUGGUUCUCACACUUGUGUAUACAGGCGAUGGCCGGCACGUUAGGGGGUUUCACGACCACGAUCAUCACGAAUCCCUUGGACAUUGUGAGGGCGAGGUUGCAAGUGCAACGAUUAGACAGUAUGCUCAGUGCGUUUAGGAUACUAUGGAUCGAGGAAGGACUGCACAUGUUUACCAAAGGACUGUCCGCGAGGCUCGUACAAUCCGCUUGCUUUAGUUUCUCGAUAAUCCUAGGUUACGAAACUAUCAAGAGAGUGAGUAUAACCGAAGAGUACAAGAGUUACAUUCGGUGGUGAGCAUUCAGAGGUACUAUUACGAUUAAUUUUACGCGGAUGGAAUUGGGUUCCAUCCGCGACUCUGCACGACUGCGACGCUUCUUUCGACGUGUCACUUUUUACACAUCGAAGAAACGGCAGUCACAAUUUAACUGACACAUAAUUUUAUCGAAGAUAUUCUGUAAAUAUUAUGUAAAAGAAGCUACAUUCACCGAAAUUCCUAAAUUAAUUUUCUCCGGCUAUGGAAGUGCAAUUAAGUUGUUAGAUUUUUAGUGUGAUUAGAGCUAUCUUUCGUUAUACACGAACAAAACAGAGUAAUAUAACUGCAUAAUUGUCUCAUCCGUCAUCUUGCCGUAACUCAUCGCGCACCGCAAUUUGAUACGUCAUGCGAUCUCGUAAGGAGACUUUACAUACUUCGGUGUACAUAAAACAACGGUUCCGUAUGACGGCAACUAGAGUAUUUGUAAAUGUAAUGAAGCGCAUUUUAUACGCUAGCGUCAUGUGUCAGAUGGAGUACAAACUUCGUAACAUGUGUUAGAUAUGUUACUGUGAUACAAAUAUGUCCUAUUCGUACUUUAAAGACGGCAUGUAUCUCAGAUACCGUUCAUAACGUUACCGAUAAUCCUAGUCAAAUAUGGGCAUGCGAGUAUGUAUUAUGUAUAUCGGCCGUCUUGAAAAUACGGAUAGAAUGUAAUACCUGAAUCAAGCGGAUUAUACUGAUUCACUGAAAUAUCGGUAGAGGAUAUGCCGCAAAGAUUUAAGAAAUACAUAUGACUAUUUAAUAUUUCCACCUGCAUUGUGUAUGUAUAUACAGCAAAAAAUCGAGAAUCCCCGAGAACUACGUGAGAAUGUUAAUAAAUUUUAUUGGCUAUAUUAAA